AGCUCCUGACGGCGCGCAGGGACGCGUCAGUGUGGGCGGUAGGAGAGAUGAUCACAAAACAUGAGCGCCCUCUUAAAAUAUUGAUGCAGCCUCCAAGAGGAGCGCUAAAGGAGAAAAUGUGUGCUCACUGCAACAUGUCAGAGGAGGAUAAAAACGUGGCUAUUUAAAGGAUGAGACUGUGAUUGUGGAUGGAGAAUGUGGACAAUUACUCUUCUCUGAACAGGCUCUGGUGAUAAAAUAACACAGGCUGAAAGACGAGGUAGAAAUAAAUGUGCGCUUUUCGAAAGGAGAGAGGCUGCUUUACCUGCGCUGGUGUCCUCUGAGCCGAGCCGAACCGAUCCAGAUCCUCCUUAAUCCAGAGGCCAUUGUCACGUUGUCUUGUUGCCAUGGCAACGACCACAGCGUCAAUAUGACCGCCGGAGAGCCAAGGGGUGCGGAAAAGGAGCAGCCGAAAUUUGUGUUUCCCUGUAACCAACAGGAGCUGCUCUCCCUGCUACCUCCAGAGCUCAUCCAGGAGCUGCAGCAGAGCAGCGCCGAGCGCCUGCAAGCAGAACUGAAGGAGAUCCUGGGCUUCACAAACCAUCAGAUUUGCAUGAAGGAAGCUGUCCUGCUGGAUUACUAUGUCUGUGGUUUCUGGUGGGCUAAAGAGGCCAACUUUACUCCGACACAGGCCUCUUUCACCAUGGCUGUGCUGCACAAAUUGCUGGAUAACAUCAGAGAGAAACAAAUGAGUUUAGUGGACAACUUGGUGGACUUUUCUAAAGUCCUAAGUGUUGUCUGCCAGUCUCCAACUUCAGAUGAAUCCACCUCUUCACUCCUCGACAGCAAAGAGGCUGCAGCGCUCACAUGUUUCAUCAGAAAUAGUCUUUUUCAGAAAUACAGACUCUAUCAGCAUCUUUUCACCAAACCCAGAGAGGAGCUACUGACAGGCAUGGAGAAGACCAUCGAGGUGUUCCAUUGUCAGGAUCCUCUCGCCCCGCUGGAGCAGGGCAUUCCCACGCACCUUUACUUCCAGUAGUUGUCCUGCCUGCAAUUCAGAUUAAGGAAAAGUUGAUGCUGGAUGAAUGUCUGGAAUUAAUCAAUAUUAGCUGUAGUCUGUGAUUGUUUCAUUCUUUACUGUACUGUUUGUAUAUGGAUCCGUGCUGUGUAUAAUCUGUACCAAUCACUGAAUUCCAGCGGUUAGACAUGCUGAGAUGAUUCUUUACAAUAAAUGGGUUGCGUGUUUACAAAAAAAACUAUAAUAAACAUGUCUAAAUGAUA